GGUUCGGCUUGAGUCAGAGGAGGAUUUGCGAGAGAGACUGAAGCGCCUCGCUGCGUUCCGCCUUCCGGGGCGCUUCGCAACACGCCAAGUGGGAAAAGCCACCGCAGCGCGAGUUCGUUUGCAAGCGGCUUCGAGGGCUUUUAACACCUCCUAGUGCUGGUGUUGCGUUCGCUGGCAAAACUCCGAACCCCUGGGAAAUAGUACCCAAGGAUUGGCCUCGCAGGAUCAUCCAUGGAAUUAGUUGAGAUUUAAGCCGUUGUUACCCGGUAUGUGUUCCUUGGGCUGUAAAUCCCGCUUUGUGCACUAGAAUUUACUUCCACGGAAGUGUGCAUAGGGGCGCAGCCUUCAGCCCUGCUUUGACACUUGCCCUUUUCCCUCUCGAGCGCGAAGGCUGGCUCUUUUUUUCCGGGAGCUUGCCGGGAUAUAUUAUCAGGAAUCGGUGGGAAGUGGCGGAAAGAUUUACGUUGUUUUAAACCUGACCCAGCAAACUUCCCUGGAAGAGCGCGCGCACAAACCGGGAGAAAUUCCCUCCCAACUUUUUGCUCCUAGCAGCUGAACGCGUGAACGGAGGAGUCUUGGGCUUGAACUACCAGCUAACUUUGUGGUGGCAUUUGAUUUGGGAUUGCGUCGCCCCACUUGCCAGUCCCUAUCUAAUGUUGCAGCAGGCAGCAGCUAAUAAACGUGCUUAGUAACAAUUCAGCCCUGGAAAGCUGACUUGGAGAACUCGGUGGGAUCUACCGGGAAGCUGAUGCCUGGAUGCGUGCGUGUAGGCUGAAUCGCGGUGGUGGAUUAAGAAAGCUAAAAAGGAUCGUGGUUUCUGAGGUUACCCAAGAGGAGAUACUGGCCACUGGAACUGCAGACUUUGGACGCAGGCAGGGCAGGAAGUGACUGACAUUCUACACCACUUCUUGCCAGUUGUUUGGAAAACUGCAAUCCAGGCUGGAACCAUGGACUCCGCCAGGGGCCCCUACGUGAAGGUCCUGAGCGAAGUCAGUGACUACCUCAAUUAUGAAAUCAUCAUCAGGCAUUACAACUACACCGGGAAGCUCAAUGAGAAUGCCGAAAGUGGGAUCAGAGCAGCAUCAGUGGUCUUCAUCAUUAUCUGCUGUUUCAUCAUCCUCGAGAACAUCUUUGUUCUGCUGACUAUUUGGAAAACCAAGAAAUUCCAUAGACCAAUGUAUUACUUUAUUGGUAACUUGGCACUCUCAGAUUUGCUGGCAGGAGUGGCUUACAUCGCCAACAUCCUGCUGUCUGGCUCCAAGACUUACACCCUCACCCCUGCCCAGUGGUUUCUUAGGGAAGGAAGCAUGUUUGUGGCUUUGUCUGCUUCAGUUUUCAGCCUGCUGGCUAUUGCGAUUGAGCGAUACAUUACCAUGUUGAAGAUGAAGCUCCAUAAUGGCAGCAAUAGUUUCCGUUCCUUCCUGCUGAUCAGCGCCUGUUGGGUCAUCUCUGUGAUAUUAGGGGGGCUCCCUAUUAUGGGAUGGAACUGCAUUGGCUUCCUGGAGAACUGCUCCACAGUGUUGCCUCUUUAUCAUAAGCAUUAUAUCCUCUUCUGCACCAGUAUAUUUACUGGCCUCUUAUUGGCCAUUGUGAUCCUGUACUGUAGGAUCUAUAUCUUGGUAAGGACAAGGAGCCGUAGGCUGACCUUUCGGAAGAAUGUUGCCAAAGCAACCCGGAGCUCUGAGAAGUCACUGGCUCUGCUGAAGACAGUGAUUAUUGUUUUAAGUGUGUUCAUUGUCUGCUGGACUCCCUUGUUCAUUUUUCUGUUGCUGGACGUGAGAUGCAAAGUCACGUCUUGUCCAAUCCUCUUCAAGGCUGAAUAUUUCUUAGUACUAGCGGUUCUAAACUCAGCCACCAAUCCAAUCAUCUAUACGCUCACCAACAAGGAGAUGCGGAGGGCCUUUUUCAAGAUUGUACGGUGCUGUACGUGUCCCACUGCAGACUCUGGGACCAAAGUCAAGAGACCAAUCAUUGGAGGGAUAGAAUUCAGCCGAAGUAAGUCCGACAAUUCCUCCCAUCCACAGAAAGAUGAGGGGGAUCCUCCAGAAACAAUUGUGUCCUCUGGUAAUGUCACCUCAUCAUCUUAGGAGCUUUGGCAAAGAGGAGGCCUGAGCCCCUUGAAGGCUGACACAUGGGGAAUAGCUCUGCUUGCUUGUCUCCAGACAGAAGGAGGAGAGUGAGAACGAGUUGGUCUGAAGGGGAAAUGGAGUACUGAUUGGGGUGCAGUUGAUGGCAUAAGACAUGUUGUGUCGUUUGAAAAUAUUUCCUCUCUGGGAGAAUGUUGUGUGUUGGCUUGCCCUUAGGCAACUUAGGGUCAUUAGGAAUAUUCAGGCUCUGUACAUCUCUGAAAAGUGGACACUUGGGUAAGCAGUGCCUUUGAAUUGGAGUAUGGGUGGGGAAGGAGAGAAAUAUCUUCAAACCCUUUCCCCUCCUCAAGGCAAAACUUCAGUGGACCCCUGAAACCAAGUUCUUGCUGUUUUGGAACAACAGCCUUCUUCAACUAACUCCUUGUCAAGGGAAGCAAAUGUGCUAGUAUAUUCUGAGUAAUAGAAAGAGAACCGGGGAGGGGGGAUUUUACCUCAAGAGUUGUUCAGGUGCAUUUGUCCCUUUGGCACUUAAUCAUAAAUGGAAAGUCAGUGGGAAUUAGGUGCUGGAGGCUGCUAUGAGUUACUCUGAGGAACAUAGCCCCAUACUCCUGGUUGUAGUUGAAUCCUCAAGGAUUUAGUGGGGCUGUGAUAUGUGUGAAUUAGGUUGGGGCUGUUUGAACUUAAUAGAUGUGUCAUUUGAACCAUAAAAAAAAAAGAACUGAAAAAUAUGCUGCUUUCAGUGAUGAGUUGCAUUUUAAUAACUUUUAACAGCAGCUUUAUAUACACAGGUUUAACCACCAGCCAUGUCCCAUUUCUGCUCAUGGUAAUCAUAAGAAUGUAAGAACGGCCUUGUUGGAGCAGGCCAAUGAUCAUCCUUAAUCUCCUUCCAGUCAACUUUGUUGUAUGACCAACCUUGUCUUAGUGUAGGAUACAUAUUUUUCCCUAUUCUUUUUUUCCCCCACACUGGUCAACCAGAUCUGGGGUAUUACAAGCAGGAGGUGGAGCCAUUCACUGCUACUACUACUGUUCUGCAACUGGUAUUUGGAGACAGGCUGUUCUAACCUAUAGGACUUCAAGACUAAUAGCUCUUGAUAGACCUUCAGUAUUCUCCAUGAAUUUAUCCAAUCCCUUUUUAAAGCCAUCCAAGUUAAUGGCCCUCACCCUGUCUUGUGGUAAUGAAUUCAACAGGUUAAUUAUGUGUUGUGUGAAUAAAUGCUUUCUUUUGUUUGUUUUUCAUCUCCUUCCAAUCAACUUUGUUGGAUGACUUUCCUGAAUCUUAAUGUUCUGAGUGAGGGAUACACAUUUUCCCUCUUUUCUUUCUACAUAGCAUACAUGAUUUCCCAUUUCCCUUUUUAUAAGUAAAUAGUUUAGUCAUUUCUUAUAAGGAAGAUAUUGGAACCCUAAUCUGUUUCAUUGCCCUCUUCUACACUUUUUCCAGCUCUGUUACAUCUUUUUCCAAAUGUAGCAGCCAGAAGUGUAAUUAGCAUUACAAAUAUGGAUGAACCCUAGAUUUGUGUAAGGGCAUUACAAUUUGAUGGUUUUAUUUCAAUCUCAAGCAUGGACUUUUUCACAGCUGCCACACACUUGG